AUGUCUUCUACCACAGUGAUCGAAGCUCCCACGAGCCACAAGCUUGAGCUCCACACUGCCUAUGGUCCUGUCUACCGCGAAGUCUUGAAUACCGAGCCUCGUGAUGCGACCGAAGAGGAAGUGCCCAUCAUCGAUCUCGCCGGUCUUUCCAGCGGGCUUGAAAGCCGCAAAGAGAUUGCAAAAGCACUCUGCAAUGCAGGCACAAACAUGGGAUUCUUCUACAUCAAAAAUCACGGCAUCGAUGAAGAAGUCAUCGCUAAAGCGAAAUCGCAACUCCUGACCUUCUUCCAGCAAAACACCGAAGCCAAAGAGCAAGUCUCCCAAGACAAGUCAACAUACUACAAUGGCUGGAAAGCUCCCCGCAGCACAAACAUCUCCCGCACCGAAUCCGUCGACGUGAAAGAAAGUUUCAGCUGGCGCUACCAACCCGAAAACGAUCCCGAUCAUCCCCAACCCCUGUCUUCCCUCCCAGCAGAAGUGCAACCCUGGAUUCGCGGUGAAGAAUUCGUCUGGCAAGGAACUUCCCACCUCCCCGAUUUCAAAUCCGACGUCCUGAAUUACUGGAAAUCAUGCUUGCAGCUAGCUCGCCAGCUUGUAAAAGUCUUCGCUUUGAGUCUAGAUCUACCUGAAGAUUACUUCGACACACGCACGACGUUCCCCGGUGCCGAUGGAGUGAUGAACUAUUACCCCAUCACUACAGCCGAGGAAACCGCUUCCAAUGCAGUAGGAUUAGGUUCCCACACUGACCUCCAACUCUUCACUUUACUCUGGCAGGAUGAAGUGGGAGGCCUCCAAGUGUUGACGAAAGAAGGCCAGUGGAUCAAGGCUACUCCUAAACCAGGCACUUUCGUAGUCAACAUCGGAGAUUUCAUGAUGAGGUUGUCGAAUGAUUUCUUCAAGAGUACGGUGCACAGGGUUUACAAUCGGGCGAAAGUUGAGAGGACGUCUAUGCCAUUUUUCUUUGGUUUGAACUUCAAUUGCGUGGAAGGUGUCAUUCCCACCUGCACUAGCGAGGACAAUCCGCCCAAAUAUGGGCCGAUCAGCUGUGGUGAUUGGUGUCAACUCCGCUUCAAGCUCGAAGCAGAGCGCAUGGCCAAGAAAUUGGCAGAACUAGACGCUACCACAAAGCUCAUAGCAAAAUAG